AUGAGAAAAACGGCAUGUUCUUCUUGGGGGGGGGUUCUUAUCUACAUUCUAAGUCUUUUGUGGGAGUCGAGUGGCGGAGGUACGCUUGUAAUUAAUCAAAACUGGAAGAUUCUGUUUAAGCAGAGAAAUUUUUUGUUCAGAGAAUGUUUUCACGCUUUUCUUUCUUUCUUCUUUCUUUCUUUCUUUCUUACUUUCUUCUUUUCUUUUUUUACUUUCUUUCUUUUAUCUGCGUUUAUUAAUAUCUAUCUAUCUAUCUAUCUAUCUAUCUAUCUAUCUAUCUAUCUCUGUUCUUACUUUCGUUCUUUCGUUCUUUCUCAGUCAGUUCUAUCUAUCUAUCUAUCUAUCUAUCUAUCUAUCUAUCUAUCUAUCUAUCUAUCUAUCUAUCUCCGCAUGGUUUUUCUUUCUUUCUUUCUUUCUUUCUUUCUUUCCUUUUCAGUCAGUUCUAUCUAUCUAUCUAUCUAUCUAUCUAUCUAUCUAUCUAUCUAUCUAUCUAUCUAUCAACGUCUGUUCUCCCUUUUUAUUUCUUUCUUUCUUUCGUUCUUUCUUUCUUUCUUUCUCAGUCAGUUCUAUCUAUCUAUCUAUCUAUCUAUCUAUCUAUCUAUCUAUCUAUCUAUUCUCUCUUUUUUACUACCUCUCUUUUACUUUCUUUCUUAA